CAGCGAGGCUACCGACGGGAGCGUCCUUUCCCACCCUUCGGGCCGCGCCACGAUCGCGUUGCGGAAACAGGCAGUUCUUUAGCCGCCUUAGCCAAACGAAGGAUGAUGUGGCCGUAGGAGGGGAAGCCGCGCGUGCGCAUUGGGGCGGGGCCACGCACCCCGGAAGCCUGGGCGCCAUGGCCGCUGAGGGGGGCGCGCCGCGGGGCGGCCCGUCGGUGUUUUUCCUGCACCCGGAUCUGGGCCUGGGCGGCGCGGAGCGGCUGGUGGUCGACGCGGCCCUGGCGCUGCGCGCGCGCGGCUGCCGCGUGCAGAUCUGGACGCCGCGCUACGACCCGGCGCGCUGCUUCUCGGAGACGCGCCAGCUGGAGGUGCGGACCGCGGGUGGCUGGCUGCCGCGGAGCAUCCUGGGAAGGGGCCACGCGCUCUGCGCCGCUCUGCGCAUGAUCUGGCUGGCCUUGCACGUGCUGCUGCUCAGCGGGGAGGAGUUCGACGUCUUCGUCUGCGACCAGGUAUCUGCAUGCAUUCCAGUUCUCCGUCUAGCCCGGACCCGUAAGAAGGUUCUGUUUUACUGUCACUUCCCUGAUCAGCUCUUGACUAAGAGGGAAUCUGUUUGGAAAUCCCUCUACAGAGCCCCACUGGACUGGCUGGAAGAGUAUACGACUGGCAUGGCCGACUGCGUUGUCGUCAACAGUUAUUUCACAGCGACUGUUUUCAAAGAGACAUUCAAGUCCUUGUCUCACAUAAAUCCAGAUGUCUUGUAUCCAUCUUUGAACAUCGCUAUGUUUGAUGCCAUGAUUUCUGCAGAUGCAGCCAGCAUAGUUCCCAGCAGGAAAAAGUACUUGUUUCUUUCAAUUAAUAGAUACGAACGGAAGAAAAAUCUCAUGUUGGCUUUGGAAGCUUUACAUGACCUUCGUGGAAGACUUGAUGCUCAGGAGUGGGGAGAGGUUCAUCUGGUUUUGGCUGGUGGAUACGAUGAAGCAGUUAAAGAAAACGUUGAGUAUUAUGAAGAACUGAAACUUGUCACUACCAAGCUUAAUAUUGGCGAGCAGGUCACUUUCUUGCGGUCUUUUUCAGACCAACAGAAGAUCGCUCUUCUUAGUGGCUGCACUUGUGUGCUGUACACACCAAGCAACGAGCACUUUGGCAUAGUCCCUUUAGAGGCAAUGUACAUGAGAUGCCCAGUCAUUGCAGUAAAUUCAGGUGGACCUUUAGAAUCUAUCGCAAACAAUGUGACGGGUUUCUUGUGCAAUCCUCUUCCAAACCAGUUUGCUGAAGCCAUGGAGAAAUUUGUCAGAGACCCCACUUUAAAGAGGGUGAUGGGAGCUGCUGGAAGAGCUCGAGUUUUGGAAAAGUUUUCUUCAGAAGCAUUCAGUGAAAAGCUGUACCAACAUAUUCAAAACCUAAUAAAAUAAAAACUGCAACUUGCUGCAUUGUAGCAUUUGGUUUUGUAUGAAACCAGCGGCCUAAAUGGUUAAGGACCCAGCUACUUGAGUAUGCCCAUGUGACCGUAUGUUUUUGUUUUUUAAGGCUGGAGCUUCUUCUGGAAUUUCAAGAACUAUUUGAACUUGUUGUGUGAUAUUUAGUCUUGUGCCAUUUGCUGCAGAAAUGUUACAUAAUGGUUAAAAUGACAUGCUUUCAAAGUUACCUGUAUUAUUUCUAAAGACUGGUUUUGAAAAUUAUGUUGAGACAGAGUAUUUGGUGGAUCACCAAAUGGUGGGUUUGCUGAUACCAUGUGCAACACAUUUACACCUCCAAUACAAUGGAUGUGUUAGCUUGAGGGGGUGCACUUCCUUAGCAUUCCCCUUCUCCUAACUUGGAUUGGAAGUGGGUCCCCUGACCCCUCACUUUCCCUAUGCAUUAAACCAAUUGUCUUGAACUGUUCAUAAAGUCCUGUGCUAAGCAUAUAUGCACUAAAUGUUCAAUGUCCCAUUGAAAUGAACAGGACUUACUCCCUAGUAAGUAUGUUUCGGUCUGCAGCUUUACUGUAACAGAAUUUGGUAAUUCCUGUUGUAACAUUUGUUUUGUAUAUCUAAAGAAUUGCUGCUUAAUUAACAAAGAAGUGGUAUUCCGUCAGCUCAGCAACUUCGCUCAAAAAGACAAGGGAAAGUAGAAAAAAACGAAUGUCAGGUUACCAUUAUGAUACAAGAAAAUUAUACACUAAACAUACACUAUGUAACAAAAUGCUCCUGUUGUAUAUUUAACUCUGUUGCAUCUUGCUAUUUUUGCUUGAUGUUACAUUGACUACUUCUAACUUGUACAUGUUGCUCAACCAUAGUACUGUUACAAACACUAGACCUAAAAUACUCAUUGUUCCAAAGAGAAGUUCUUCACAUACCAAUCCCCUAGAGAUGCAAUCAGCGUAGAGUGUCCUUUGUGCAGAGGAGCAAAUUAAUUAUUUCAUAUUUAGGUGCGACAUCAGAAGCACAUAGCUCGAGAUGGGUCAAACUAAGUGAUCCACGUCAUAUUGGCCUGCAAUAAACCAGGAUGCUAACCCUGCCCCCCAUAUUCACUCCAACAACACAGUCAUUGGACCCAGCCAGCACUACCAGCGAUACCAUCUCAGGCUCAUUCACUUGUUCAUCUUCAAACAUUAUAUAUGGCAUCAAGUGUCAACUUCCUAUAUUGGAUAAACAGGUCAGUCCCUUUGCAAAAUAAUGAAUAGACAUAAAUCUGAUAUAAAAAAUCACAACAUUCAAAACCAGUGGAAGAACGUUUCGGUCUGUCAGGACAUUCCAUCACUGGCCCCAGAGUAGCAGUUCUUAAGAAAAAAAACUUCAAAGAAAAAUUACAAUGCGAGAUGGCUUAAAUUAAGCUUAUUUGCAAAUUUGGAACAAUGGCUCCCCCAGGGUUGAAUCGGAUCAUAGGAUUUUUCUUGCAUUAUAUUUUACACACUUCACACCUACGUUCUGUCAACCAAAUUACAACGUAUUAUAGCUAGCUUCCUGACAAUCUAAUUUGCAGCGUCCCUCCCACCCUCUGCCUGGAUUGAAUUAUAAAGACUCCUACCUUUUUCCACUUCGUGUGUCUGAUGAAGGGAGCUUUAACUCUAAAGCGCAGACCUCAAAAAUCUAGUUGGUCUCUUAAGGUGCUACUGCACCUGAAUCUUGCUUUUCUACUGCAAACCAACAUGGCUAGCCACCUGAAACUGGGUUUAUCCCCUGAGUCUUCUAGUAACAGAAUUUUAUUUGGUUAUAAGUUAACUCCAUCCCAAGCCAAUUUUCCUGGCUGUCGGGAUUUCUGAUACUCCAGAGCAUUAAUUCCUUUUACAUUUGGUUCCUAGGGAAGCUUAUUAGAUGUUCUUCAAUGAGAAAACCAGCAAUUAGUUUGUCUUCCAUUACAAAUCUUCCACUGCAGUAUGUACCUGAAGGAGAGCAUCUGGCGUGUUUUAUGUCUAUCAUUCACCCAGAUGAAUGCGGGGGGAGGUUAAACCCCUCCAAAUCCUAUGCAGUAGUGCCUUGGCAAACAAAUCAACUUGGAGAGGGACUCCCUAGGGAAGAAAGUGUGAAAAACCACUGUCCUGGAGGAAAAUACCCAAGGGUUAAGGCGGAACCUCAUUUUGAACCCACAGUUAUUUACAGAUAGCCUUCAUCCAGUUAACAAACAUUGUUAUAAUGAGGCUAGCCUUCUGUGAUGGACAAGACUGGCCCCAGCUCUCUUGAGGAACAGCUGAUGGAAGUGGGUGGAAUGCUGGGCCAAUCAGUCUGUUGGAGGGGAAAAGGUUCUUGGGGAGAGACUGAAAGGAAGAGAGGCUUGAGUCACUGCUCAGAGAGGCAGCAGAAAGUUUGCUGGCUGUUACUCUGUUCUGUUACUUUGAACACUUUCCUGUUUAACCCCUAUCUGAAGAAGUGAGCUGUGCCUCACAAAAGCUCCUACCCUACAACAAAUUUUGUUAAUCUUAUACGUGCUACUGGACUCUUGCUCUUUUCUACAGUUUAAACCCAGUAUGUUAGUUUAAAAUCUGUUCAGUCCUAUGUUCCUUCUUGUAAAUAACGUGUAUUUUUGUUUGGGUUAACCAUGCUUGGCCUGAAGUUGUUGGCUGAGGGGAAAAGGAUACCACCCACCCACACACAAAAUCACUCUGACCAUGACCAGUAGGCCUAGUGAAUUAAAUGGUGGCAGCAUAUAUUGAGGGGAGGUGCACAUAGGGAAUGGGCUGCCUGUCUGGUGGAACCUUUGGAAGAGGAGAGAGGCGACCCUGUGAGGAUUUGGGUCAGGGCUCUCUGCUGCUGUAGUGGAGGCUAGAUAGGUGGCAUGUGGCAGUGGACUUCUGGCCUUUACCUGCCUGGGAGGCAAAGGAGUGUGAAAGACUUGUGUGUCUGUGAGGUGGGAGUAUACCCACUAUUCCUGCCAUGUCUUCCUUUGUUAGGAUCAAAUAAAAGUCAAGUUCCAUGAAAACUCUCAGGCUCAACACUGAACAAAAAUUCAGACAGAAAAUACUGCCUGCAACAGACUCGGUAGAGAGUCCCCCCUCCAUCUGCAACAGUCCUACAGAACAAAAUGGUGUGGACCCACCCAUUCUCCAAGGAACCUUCCUCCAAUUUCAGAGACUUCCUACAGUGGAAGAGCCACUUAGAUUGGAGUAAACUUUGCUCAGAGGAGUAGUAGGAUUUGGGGUAGGAUUGACCCAAUAUUGCCAGUUGCACCUAAGAGAUUGGGACAAAGAAGUAACAGCCGUUCUCCAUUUCAAAAUAUAAAAGCCAGCAGUUAUUCAGAUCUGUCUCUAGCAUGGGACCCAGAUAAAAGCUCCAGUGAUUGCCCCAAGGACAAUUUUGAAUUUCCCCACACAUUUCUCUCUAGGUUAUUUAUUUUGCAGUUUCCAUCCUAAAUCUAUUGACAAUUUGUGGGCUGUAGUUCUUAUAUGUAGGGGCUGAUAUUCAAUACAAAGGUAUAUCUCAUGCCAUCGAUUCCAAUAGAUGUCAAUCUGCUUAAUUGCCAGAUUGUGUUGGCCACUGUCUUUAAAUCAUCCAGCCUCACUCUUGUCCCAUAUAUUUUUUUAAAAUGUGAUCAAAUAAUUUUUCUAUAAACUGCAAGCUGUGUCAUAGUUCUUCCAGUAUCUUUAAAAGGUGCCCAUGUUGGGGACUUCAUAAUAUUGUGAUCUAUUUGAAAAUCUCAUGAAUUAAUAGAUUGAUCAACCAAACAUUCUUUCAUCUAUUUGCAACUGGAAACACAAUAUAUACAUUGUGGAUGUGGUGCUUGGCAGAAGGUACUGCAAUGACCUCUCUCUCUUAGUUAUGGCUCUGUUUAUGAUCUUCUGUCACAAUAACACCUGUUAAUUGUUUUCAACUUUUCAUGACAUGCUUUGAUGACAAUCUCUUGGACUAUUAUUAAUAAACCAACAUCUCUAUAUUUUU